CGGGCGGCGCCUGGGGCCACCGGGGCGCCGCGGCGGCGGGGCGCGGAGGGCGGCCGCCGAGGAUUUCGAGCUUGCAGCGGAAGUUCUCCGCGGGUGGCAGAUCGCCAUUUCACGCCGUGCCCAAUGGUGUCGUUUCUCUCGGCAACUUUUUUGACGACCUCGUGGAGGAGAUAUAUGAUGAAGCGGUCGAUCUGUCUGUGGUGGACGGCGACCCCAGCGCCGACGAGCCGCCGGGGAAGAUUGCCGACGGGGACUUGGAGUGGAUAGUGAAGUUUGACGGAAGCGUUCGGGUCCGGAGCUCCCCGAGCACUGACGGAGACAACGUCAUCGGCGAGAAGGGCCCGAGGGGCGCCAUCGUCAUCGGCGGGGUCGAGGACGGCUGGCUGUCGCUCCUGUACGAGCCUGGCUACGUGAAGGUCGAAGCGGACGGCAAGGCUCUCCUCGCGAAGAGGCAGGUCACCUACAUGACAAUCCCGCACGGAACAUGCGGCCAGUUUAUGGAGAUCGAGGCGCACGACGGGCACCCGCAAGCAGGAGGAAUGAACAAUAUCACCGACUAUUUCUCGUGCAUGGCGGCUGGCACUAGUUUGGGCUCCGCAGAGGCCGCGGCGGUGACCUCCGACGGGGUCUGCGCCAUCGAGGGCCCGAGCGGGCACAGCACUGGGAAGUUCGCCCCGUGA